GGAAUCGACCCCGCAUUCUUCCCUAAGUACUCUGCUUCGCCCUGCCACAUCCCGCCCUUGUCUCUCUCCCUUCCUGAUCAUCCACAACGGCGCCUACGACACCACCAACGGCGGAGACGAUGGCGACAUCCAUCUCAGAAGAAAAACGCGACGUUCGCAAUCCGAUUUUGUUCGAGUGCGCCUGGGAGGUCGCCAACAAGGUCGGCGGCAUCUACACCGUCAUCAAGACAAAAGUGCCCGUCACAGUAUCAGAGUAUGGCGACAGAUACACCCUCAUAGGCCCUCUAUCUUACAAGACCGCACCCAUGGAAGUCGAAGCGGAGGAGCCCACUGACCCUCACGUCGCGGCUUCGCUCGACGCGAUGCGUGCGCAGGGAGUCAAGGUGCUCUAUGGACGGUGGUUGAUCGAAGGCGCGCCCCGCGUCUUGCUUUUCGAUACUGGUAGCCAGUACCACCGCUUGGACGAGUGGAAGGGUGACUUGUGGAAUCUGGCUGGUAUUCCGACUCCUCCGAAUGAUCACGAAACGAACGAGACGAUUCUCUUUGGAUACCUAGUCGCUUGGUUCCUCGGCGAGUACGUGUCGCGUCAAUACCACAGCGCUGUCAUUGCUCACUUCCACGAAUGGCAAGCUGGCGUCGCAAUUCCCCUGUGCCGAAAGCGCCACAUCGACGUGACCACUGUCUUCACCACCCAUGCUACCCUUCUCGGUCGCUAUCUCUGCGCUGGCUCCGUCGACUUCUACAACAACCUCCAAUAUUUCGACGUCGACCACGAAGCCGGCAAGCGUGGUAUCUACCACCGCUAUUGCAUAGAGCGUUCCUCUGCUCACUGCGCCGACGUAUUCACCACGGUCUCCCACAUUACCGCGUUCGAGUCGGAGCACUUACUCAAGCGCAAACCCGAUGGUGUCCUCCCUAACGGUCUCAACGUCGUAAAGUUCCAGGCUAUGCACGAGUUCCAGAACAUCCAUGCGAAAGCCAAGGAAAAGAUCAACGAAUUCGUUCGGGGCCAUUUUUACGGCCACUUCGACUGGGAUCUGGACAACACCCUCUACCUAUUCACUGCUGGACGAUACGAGUUCAGAAACAAGGGUAUCGAUAUGUUCAUCGAGUCGUUGGCACGAUUGAACUUCCGGUUGCAGAAGUUAGGCUCGAAUAUCACUGUCGUUGCUUUCCUCAUCCACCCUGCCGCCACAAAUUCGUACACCAUCGACUCGCUCAAGGGUCAGGCCGUGACGAAGCAGCUUCAUGAUACCGUCACCGAGAUCCAGAACCGUAUAGGGUCUCGCCUGUUUGACUUGGCGGCCAAGUCCAAUGGCGACUUUUCGAAGUUCCCCAAGACGUCCGACCUUCUCUCGGACGAAGACAAGAUUCUUCUCAAGCGCCGCAUCUUUGCGCUCAAACGGAACAGUCUCCCACCUGUUACGACGCACAACAUGGUGGACGAUGCGAACGACCCGAUCUUGAACCAGAUUCGCCGCGUGAAGCUCUUCAAUGACGCGCAUGACCGGGUCAAGGUCGUUUUCCAUCCCGACUUUUUGAGCUCCAACAACCCCGUUCUCGGUCUCGAUUACGAGGAAUUCGUCCGUGGAUGUCAUCUCGGUGUCUUCCCCAGUUAUUACGAGCCGUGGGGAUACACGCCCGCCGAAUGUACAGUCAUGGGCAUCCCGUCCGUGACGACCAACUUGUCUGGCUUCGGAUGCUUCAUGCAAGACAUGAUCGACCGUCCUGAAGACGAAGGUUGCUACAUCAUCGACCGCCGGAUGCAAUCCGCCGAAGACUCCGUCAACUCCCUCGCCGACUCGCUCUUCUCAUUCUCGCAAAAGACCCGUCGGCAGCGCAUUAACCAGCGCAACCGCGUCGAACGUCUCUCUCCGCUCCUCGACUGGAAGAACCUCGGGAUCGAGUACUCCAAGGCGAGACAGUUGGCGCUCAGGAGGGCGUAUCCGGACGCGUUUGUGGGUCUGACGCCGAAUGGGAUGGGCGUGGAUGGGGAAGAGGAAGAUGAGUUUGAUUUCGAGAAGGGCCCGGAGAGGUUGGCGUUGAGUAUGCCGGGGAGUCCGAGGUUCAAAAUGGGUGGGCUCGCGACCCCGGGAGAUAUGGGAACGCUUACGGAGGAGAUGCAGACUUUGCAUACGAGCGAUUACCGUGGCUAUGCUUGGCCUGGUUCGCAAGAGGAAGACGACGACGCGUAUCCUUUCCCCUUGGUCAUGAAAGUGCGCUCUCGCGCGUCUUCGGUGAUGUCAGGUGCGAGCACGCCGGGAGGAGGUCCUUUCAAGUCCCUCAGCGAGCGCGACUUACAGAAGGCCGACGCCGCGCUGUCGAUGGUGAAUGGAAACGGAAACGGAAACGGAAAUGGGGCCUUCAAUGGAAAGUCGUCUUGAUCUCGCGGUCUGCAGGCGAGUUGUGAAUCACAAUGAGGUAUGGACGAGGCGGGAUAGGUUUUGUUCUCUGUUUUUGUAAGAUAUGGCGAGUGGUCGUUCUUGGUGGUUCUUGCUGUCUCCGAAAUAUGUUGUUUGUUCUCUCUAACUUCCUCAAUAUCACCCAAGUUCCAACUCCCAUCCUCAUAUCCACUUUCCAUCUUCAUUUCCAAAAUCCCCUCCCUAACGAAGAGUAACGACGCGAAAGAAGAUCCUUUCCUCUAGAUAAUUCCAUAUCAUGCUAGUAGGCUUUUCCAACUUUGUGUAUGUUUCCGACGCACGUGUAUGUCGUCUCCUCUUCCGUCGGCGGUGUUAGCUUGAAUUACUUUCAAAUGCUGCGUUGUCGUGGUGAUAGUUCGGCUCUGCUAUGUACCGUUCGACGUUCAGCCCAAGGUUUUCUCUGCAAUUUUGUAUAUAUAAACAAUUAUCUGAGAUCGUUUCGUUAGUGGUGCUUUC